GAAGUUUCGGAGUAUCAGACCAUGAAAUCUCUCUAAUAUCUGAUAAUUUUGGAACGAAGUUUCAGGUCCCUUUCUUCUCUCUCUGAAAUUUCUCUCUGUUUCUGUAUAUAUUCCACGGAAUUUCAUCUAUAAACCCUAGAUUGUUCAAAUCCUGUCUUUUCGCUCGCUCGAUCGAGGUCUGGAUCGCCGAAAACGACCAGAUCUCGACCAAUUUCCGCGGAUUUUCGUGCAUUCGUCGUCGAAAUCGAUCUAUAUAGUUCGAUUCCGGUUUUCUAUCCGAUUUCCGGUUUUGAUCUCGUCUGAUUUGGUUUCGUCUGGGAAAAGGAAGGAAUUAGGGUUUCGUAACUAGGGUUUUGCUUGGGAUUACUGGGGUUUUAUUUGUUUCUGUAGUUGGGGAAAUUAGGGUUUUGGAUCGGAUGCUGGUAACUGUUUCUUUCUAAAUCUACCGAGAUCUGAUUUCAAUUUGUUGUUUUCUUGGCGUCCGUCGCUGUAUGAUUGCUGAAUACGGGAAUUGUGGAAUAUUUAACUUAAAAUUUCAGAUUUGUCUGCGCCUUCUUUCUCUGUCGAAUUCAUUCGAGAGCGUGAAAUUGCAGUUUUUAGCAUUUGGUAGGCUUUCCAGGUCAAGGGAGUUUCUUCUUCUUGUGUGAACUGCUAGAAAAAGAGGGGUUUUAUCUCUUUCUUGUAUGUCUCGUAUAUAUUGAAAUUCGUUCAAAAAUACUGUGAACGUUGUGCUUCCUUGUUGUCUGUAUUAUUGUUGCGUUGUAUUGUAUUGCUGUUUGUUGUUCUUCGUAUGUAAAUUGUCGUUUGGAUAGCAUUUAGGCUCCCAUGUUGUCUAAAUAUUGAGGUCUUAUCAAUCCAUUUGUUGUAUCGUGUUGCUAUUUGCUGUUAUUCUAUUUUUGAUUUGUCAUUUUUUAAUGUCAGCUCCGGGUCAGAUUUUGGGUUCUAUUUUGUAUUCUGAUCUUGUUAGUCUGCUUCCUUUUUCCUUUCUCUAAUCUUUUCAAAGAGAGGAUUAGAGAUUUGGGGAAGGGAGAAUUUCUAGAUUUUGUUGAAUGAGGAAGACUGUGCCAAGAACAUCUAGUGCAAGUCCUUUCUUUCAUACAUGUGAAUUGAGUUCCACAGAUUGAUUGUACCGUCUUGUUGUAAUCCAUUCAUGUCAAGGUACAAACUUGCAAAGGAGGGCGAUUAAGUUUAUCCGUAAGUGUCCUUUUUUGUUCUUCAUUCUGAAUUGGAAGCGGAGAAUAUACCGAGUGUGAAAUUUUCAGCCUGGUUCCGACCUUUCCAUUUUGGAUAUUCUCUUUCAUCAUCAUCUUCCGUGUUAGGGUGUCAUUGACUUAAAUGCAAUAGCUGUGCUUUUGAACGUGUUCCUUUGUGACAUGGGUCUGUAGAGUUGAGGUUCAGUGCAGAUAAAUUCGGUUGUUCAUCGCCUGCUCUCAUCAUCUGAACGAAGAAGCAGGGGAUCAAGAUCUGCGCUCUGCAUUCCCUUGGCUACAUUGUUUGCUAUGGCAGAGAGCAAAGAUAUCAGUGACUUAGAAGGAGAUGAACGAGUGCUUGCUGUUGCACAACACAUUGUAAAGACCUUGGGAACAAGUAAGAACCCAACAGAUGAUAUGAUAAGACUCCUUUCGGAAUUUGAUAUACGUUUGUCUGCAUCAAGGAUGACUGAAAUCUUAGAAAAGAAGGGAGGAAGAAGUGAUGUUAAAGAGCAGCUCAACUUGGCAGAGAAGAAGAUCAUGAGUUGGGUUUCUGACGAGUCGAUGAUAUGGGACUGUGGUCCGGAUGAAGCAUCUGAAUAUCUACUGGCAGUCGAUGAGGUUCGCCGACUCACAGAAAACUUGGGGAGCUUGUCUCUGAGUGAAGGUCAGGAAGAGAGCGAGCUUCUACGCCGAGCCCACAGCGUUCUUCAGACGGGGAUGGCUAGGCUUGAGGAGGAAUUCAGCCACAUUCUUAUUCAGAACAGGCAGCCGUUUGAACCAGAGCACAUGUCUUUUCGUUCGAGUGAAGAUGGCGUCGCUGAUGAGGAUUCAAUCAGUUCGUUUGAUGAUGAGCAGGUCGAGGAUUCACAGGCGAAGCUUCAGAGAGAUAGCAGCAAAGGCUCAGAGGAAUUCAUCAUUGAUUUGAUCCAUCCAGAAGUGAUUCCUGACCUUAAAUGCAUAGCUGAGGUUAUGUUCAUGUCGAAUUAUGACCAGGAAUGUUGCCAAGCUUACAGUAGCAUCCGAAAAGAUGCCUUGGAUGAGUGCUUAUUCAUCCUUGAGGUUGAGAAGCUGAGUAUUGAGGAAGUGCUGAAGAUGGAAUGGAGUUACUUAGAUUCCAAGAUAAAGAAGUGGAUCCGUGCGAUGAAGAUCUUCAUCCGGGUUUAUCUUGCUAGUGAAAAACGCCUCUGUGACCAGAUUUUUGGGGAAUUUGGCUCGGUCAUCCAGACGUGCUUCAAUGAGACUUCGAAGGGUUCGAUCCUGCAGCUCUUGAUAUUCAGCGAAGCCAUAGCUAUCAGUCCUUGCUCUCCAGAAAAGCUGUUCCGGAUACUCGACAUGUAUGAAGGGCUGGCAGAUCUUCUCCCAGAUAUAGAUACCCUCUUCUCGGAAGAGGCUGGUUCUUGUGUCAGAAUGGAGUGCCAUGAAGUUCUGAGGAGACUGGGUGACUGCGUGAGGGGAACUAUUGUGGAAUUCGAGAAUGCUGUUAGAACGAAGACAUCAACGACUCCAUUUGCUGGAGGCGGGAUCCAUCAUCUGACGAGAUACGUCAUGAAUUACAUAAGGGCCCUUACGGAUUAUAGUGAUACACUGAAUAUACUUCUUGAAGGCCAUGACGACGAGGAUGAGUCAUCAUCAUUAUUCAAUUCAAAUAAUUCUAUUGAAGAAGACAGUGAGGGGAUGUCUUGCAACAUUUCUCCAGUAGCUCGAUGUCUUCGGUCGGUCACUUCAACGCUGGAAUGCAACCUUGAUGGCAAAUCCAUGUUGUACAAGGACGGUUCUCUUCAAUUCUUUUUCCUAAUGAACAACAUCUAUUACAUGGUGCAAAAGGUCAAGGACUCCGAUCUUAGAGCUCUCCUUGGAGAUGAUUGGAUCCGCAGGCACAACAGGAAAUUCCGGCAGCAUGCAUUGAGCUAUGAGAGGGCUUCCUGGACAUCGAUACUCUCGUUCUUAAAAGACGAGGGGAUUAGCAAUCCUGGGUCGAGCUCAGUUUUCAAGGCGGUUCUGAAGGAGAGGUUCAGGAGCUUUAAUCUCGCCUUCGAAGAGAUAUACAAGACCCAAACAGCAUGGUUGAUCCCUGAUCCCCAGCUCCGUGAUGAUCUAAGGAUUUCCAUCUCUCUGAAAAUCCUUCAAGCGUAUCGGACAUUCACAGGGAGGUACUCUCCUCAUCUGGAGGGCGGGCGGCAUGGUGACAAGUACAUCAAGUACACUGCAGAGGAUUUGCAGAACUACCUCUUGGAUCUCUUCGAGGGGUCCCCAAGAUCAUUGCACAACCCUCGCAGGAAGUGACACGGCCAAACACGCUGCCAAAGCCCAGCACGAGGAACAUGCCACGCGGUACAGCAGGGGAGCCUCUCCAGUGCAGAAAUUGCAGUGAAGGCCAAAGAUUGGAGGGGUAGAAUCUUCCUAUCUGGUAGAGUUCUGGGUGGAGUUGUCCCAUAAAGAUAAGUGGUCUGUAUCAACUACUGCAUGAGCCAAACUUGUAUGGACAGAGUGCAUCAGGAUCCAGAUUUCAAUACCUGGAUUGGAGCAGGUGGCUGGACCGUAAACAGCCAUCGAAACAGGUGGGACAUCCUAAAACCUGGUCAGCUGUGGGCAAAAAAACAUCUUCCUGGAAGAACUGCAAUUACAGUAAAGGCUGGAACCCACGAUAUAACCUUUAGGUUAACAGUGAUUAGCUGUUUAAUCUUUCUGUUUUUCAACAUCAUCUAAGCAGAUUUCCUGCUAAUGCGGGCCACCGGUGGGACCAAACCACCCUAGGAAAGGUUCCAGGGGUUUUAAACCAUGAUUAGGACAGCAUCCAAUCUUUUGUUCACCAGGUCUCUGUAAUUUUGGACUUGCAAGGUCUUUGCUGUGUCCACUUAUGUAUAAGUAGGACUCUUAAGGUUCUGAUGUCCCAGUUUUGUGCCAGUGGGGUGCGUGGUCCAGUGAUCGACCCCAUUUAUAUGAUGGGCUCCAUUGCUGAUUCAUCAUCACCUAAAACUUUGUCUGAUUCAAUGAUUGCAUCUGCCCCAAUCUAUUACAGUGAUUUCAUAUUGUUUCUGUA